AUGACCAUCCAUAAGCUUCGCGUCGGUAUUGCUGGCCUUGGCCGAAUGGGCAAGCGCCAUGCCAUUAACUUCCAUGAACUUACUAUUCGUGCGAAUGUGGUAGCUGCGAGUACUCCGGAUGAAAGUGAGCGUGACUGGGCACAGGAGAACCUCCAAGGAGUGCAGAUUUUCAAGGACUAUGAUGAGAUGCUUGAGAAUGCCGACUUGGAAGCUGUCGUGGUCGCUAGCGUCACUGCUGUACAUGCAGAGCAAGCUAUCAAAGCAAUCAAGAAGGGUCUUCAUGUUCUUUGCGAGAAACCAUUGAGCAUUGAUGCUGAAGUUGCGCAAUCUGUAGUCUCUGCAUACGAGGAGUGCCUCAAAACCCACCCACAGCAAAAAGUGAUGUGCGGAUUCUCUCGCCGAUUUGACGCAUCGUAUCGUGACGCACACGCGAGAGUCAAGAAAGGUGAACUUGGAGCGCCGGUUCUCUUCCGAUCUCAAACGGCAGACUUACAGGACAAAUCGGGAUUUUUUGUUGACUAUGCGAAGACAAGUGGAGGAAUUUUUGUGGACUGCUCUAUUCAUGACAUUGACCUCAUGCUUUGGUUUCUGGGCGAGGAGCGCCAGAUCAAGACCUUACAAGCGGUUGGUGUGAUUGCGUUACACCCAGGGCUAGAGGCAAGCAACGACCGAGACAACGCUAUAGCAACUGUGGAAUUUGAGGGUGGUAAGAUGGCCGCUUUGUAUUGUUCGCGAAUGAUGGCAGCUGGACAGGAAGACACCACUGAGAUCAUCUGUGAGAGGGGCUCCCUGAGGGUAAACAUGCAAGUGAGAAAGAAUCACGUCGAGAUUCAUGAUUCUCAGGGGGCCAGGCGUGAGCUGCCACAGCAUUAUUAUGAGAGGUUCCGAGAGGCAUUCGUCACCGAGGCUUACGAGUUCACUGAGUGCUGUCUGAACAACACCCCGCCUCCGAUUAGCCUGCAAGGCUCCGUCAAAGCCGUUAUCAUUGGACAGGCAUUGCAGCGAAGUAUGAUUACUGGAGAGAAGAUUUUCUUUCACGAAGGGGCUAUCAAAGAUUAA